AGAGCAAGUCGGACGCAAAUCUACCCAGCAUGCAUUGUGCGCCGAUCGCCGGUGAUCGAUUCUGCGCACGCCUGGCUUAAGUCGAACGAGCCUAAUGGUAUUGGGGGCGUAGUCGCUAUGCGCUUUACGUGCGCUCACGUGACGUCGCCAGAGAUGCUUCUGCACAUGCUCACAACGACGGGAGCAAUCAGCCAGACUGCAGCUGAUCAAUGUGUUGUAGUGAUGUAAUGUUGCCUAUUUGGUGACUACAGAUGGCGGUCUGUGCCAGGCUCUGCGGGGUGGGUCAGUCGCGGAGGUGCCGGAGGCGACAGCGGCAAAACCAGCAGGAUCAGGGGAGCGAUUCGGACAUGGACGAGGAGGAAGAGGAGCAGAUCGUGGGUCAGCGGCAAGGCGACGUCGUCGCCGGCGGAGGAGGAGGAGGCCCGGACAGCGGCGGCGCCACUGCAGGGCCGAGUGUCGCUUGUGAACAUGGCAGCUGUCAUAUCAACAGAGGCUCUCUGGAUCGCACGAGCACGGGACCUCCACACCCGCAGUCGUUAGCGGAAUUACCCCCGGAGCUUUUAGUUGAAAUAUUCUCUUUGCUUCCCGGAACAGCGCUGCCAAACGUUGCCCUCGUAGGCAAGAAAUUCAGACAGAUCCUCAACACUGAGACCAUCUGGAGAAGGCGCUGCAUGACAGAGUUUGGUACGAAGGAGGAUCUGAGGAAGAUGGAAGUGGAAGGAGUAUCUAGCCGGGACCUCUAUGUUAAACUGCUUCACCCGUACAGAUAUAUCCUGGGUUUAUGGCAGCCUGACAUAGGGCCUUAUGGGGGAUUGCUCAACGUUGUGGUGGACGGGCUAUUCAUCAUCGGCUGGAUGUAUUUGCCGCCUCAUGACCCCCGUGUGGAGGACCCCAUGAGAAGACGGCCGCUCUUCCGCAUCCACAUGUUGGAGAGCCAAAAGGCCACGGUGGAGUGUAUGUAUGGUCACAAGGGGCCACACAACGGGGACAUACAGACCGGGAAGAAGGAUGAAUUUUCAACAAAGUGUAACCAGACCGAUCAUCACCGCAUGCCGGGGGGCAGACAGGAGGAGUUCAGGACAUGGUUGGAAGAAGAAUGGGGCCGGACACUGGAAGAAAUCUUCCAUGAGCACAUGCAGGAGCUCAUCCUGAUGAAGUUCAUUUAUACCAGUCAAUAUGAUAACUGCUUGACAUACCGGAGGAUCUACCUGCCGCCUGUGAUGCCCGCCGACCUUCUGGACCCGGGCCUCUUCAAAGGCACCUACGGCAGCCACGGCUUGGAGAUCGUCGUGCUCAGUUUCCACGGGACGUCUGCGAGAGCCACUAAGCUCACUGGAGAUCCCAAUGUUCCUGCGGGGCAACUCACUUUAGAUGUUGACCUGAGCCGGCCUGUGGUCCUCCCAGACUUAGAGCACCAGCGCAACAUAGAGGAGCUGUCGCGGCUGGUGCUGGGGGUGCACGCGGAGGUCCAGAGAGAGGAACAGCAACAGGCCAAGGACACUCCUGCCACAGUGAGCGGUGCAGCAGAGGGGGCCUAUGGUGAUGCUGGCGCGGCAGAAGAUGUGGAAGAGGAGGAGGAGGAGGAGGAGCGUGUUACGUGUUCAAACAGCUGCCAGUCGGGCCGCAGCAACAGCAGCACCGGCCCUCCUGAAGCCCAGCCCUUUGUCCUGCCCCUGGGAGUCAUGGCCCGCAAUGAGGUCUACCCUCGCACCUGUAGGAAAUGCUUCUACGGUACGGGCCUGAUCGCCGGGCACGGCUUCACGAGUCCGGAGCGCACCCCGGGGCUCUUCGUGCUGUUUGACGAGGACCGCUUUGGCUUCAUCUGGCUGGAGUUGAAGUCUUUCAGUUUGUACAGUCGGCUGACGGACCACCUAGCUCACGCUCACGCCCCAAAUAUGGAGCACUUUGAGGCCAUGCUGUGCAACAUGCAGUCCUGGACAUCCUGAUGCACCACAAUUUUAAGUGUCUCCCCCCCCACCCACACACACACAGUACAAUACAUAAAAACAACCACUUCACACAAUUCAUCUCCUGCUGUCCUUUGAGUCGUGAGCUAUGACAUACCACGGUCGCUCAUUGUCCUGGUUUUAUCGGUACGUUUCACAAACAUUGGGUUUUACUAUCUAAUUAACUUAUCUGAUCCAGCGCCCCUACACUCCUGUUCCCAUGCAAGCACUAUAAAGGGCCUCCCAAGUCACCGUUUAUCACCUAAGUAUGACCGUCAUCCUCUAGUGCAGCAUGAAAACAGGUCACAUUAAGCUUUUUAUUUAUUUAUUUAAAGGAAUGAUAUUUCAUACUGCUUGUUAUGGAUCAAACUGUACGUGCGUCUGAUUCUAAAACCAUGUCUGUACUUGAAGACCAUAACGGUGUCCAAUGUAUUCUCCUAUAAAGCAUUAUUCUGA